UUCCCAACUGAGACCUGUCGCAGUCUUUUUCUUCAAAAACAAAAAAAAAUCUUCUGUGUUUGCGUUAAGAUUAAGAUUUCAAGUACUGCAAUAAGCAUUAGAUUGAAAAGGCAAAAAUCUCAUGGCUGCCAUUCUUUUGGCUCUACUUGGACUCGUUGCCUUAGCAACGUCAAUCCCAUCUCCGACACCUCCACAAAACAGUUCAGCAUUUUCGGACCCACCCUUGCUACCUAAUAAGCCCGCCGCCGAUGUAGAACAGUUUCUACGAGAUAUGGUGAAUAAGAUCAAUCGCUACAGAUUGAUGCACGCUGUAUCGCCGCUAGGACUCUCACUGGACCUGACAAACAAAGCUGAACUAUGGGCUGUCAAAAUAGCCAACAAAGACCAGGAAGAGCUGAAUUCUAAUGUCACCUUUGGCCAGGCAAUUUACUCUUCUGCAAAUGCAGCUGAUAUUGUCAAUGCCAGUGUUGAGUCUUGGUAUAAUCAAAUUGUACAUUACAGGUAUUACAACCCCGAAUCACAACCUCAGAAUAACUACUUCACACAGCUUGUAUGGAAAGACACGACGGACAUUGGCAUAGGAAAAGCAACUAGUGGAAGCCAGAAGACUUAUAUUGUAGCUUAUUUUAAUCCGCCAGCGGUUCAUGAUAUGCAAUCCAUGUUGGUUCAAGUACAUCCCGUAACAGGCAGUGGAGUUGGUAAGAACGGACCAUCCACAUGCACAGAUGAUUACCAGUUCUUUAAUAACAGUUGCUGGAAACUGUUUCCUGGACCAAGGACCUGGGAGAGUGCUGUACAUAAGUGUACCCAGCAGUAUGCAUCACUAGCGUCUGUUGACAGCGAAUCUGAAAACUACUUUAUAAAGACAUUACUGACAACAGCUAAACUAAACUUCACUUGGAUUGGUCUGGGAGACCACGACAACGAUGGUAUCUAUGCGUGGGUGGACGGGACCUCUCAUCGAUUCACUCGCUGGGAUUUCAUUCAGACACCAGCCAAAGGGCGUCAAUGUAUUGUACUGGGUUUGGAUUUUGAAUGGAGAUAUAUCUCAUGUGAUAGAGGUCAGAGUUUUGUGUGCAAGAGAAAACUUCGAGACUUGACCACCUAUGAACUCGUCUUUCGUUAUAUGAACAAACUAUGGACCGACAAACUUUACAGCCCGCAAGAACUUCGUUACCAGGCUCUGAAGUCUCACAUCGAGAACGCGAUAUUCGAGACCUAUCGAGACGCAGAUUGGUUUAAUGGCCUUGAUUUUAGAGGUUUCAGGUUAGUAGUUGAGCAUCACAUCAUUGCUGGGUUUCCUGUGCCACCACCAACAUUUCCACAGCCGGUACCAACAGACUUCUCCCAUCCUGGCCAUGCGAUUUUAGUAAUCAUUCUCGUUUACAUGUCUUGUCAGUUUGCUGUGAUCGUUCAACCACUUUGCUUUGUUGUCUAAUUUAUCUAACA